UAUCCUGUGCGGGGGCGAAAUGGAGCUCGAGGCCAUGAGUAGGUAUACCAGCCCGGUGAACCCGGCUGUCUUCCCUCACCUGACUGUGGUCCUUCCGGCCAUCGGCAUGUUCGGCAUGUUCUUCACUGCCUGGUUCUUCGUUUACGAGGUCACCUCUACCAAGUACACACGCGAUGUUUACAAAGAGCUCCUCAUCUCCUUGGUGGCCUCACUCUUCAUGGGCUUUGGAGUCCUCUUCCUCCUGCUCUGGGUUGGCAUCUACGUAUGAGUCUCCAAGGGUACCCACCAGGCAGCUCACUAAGUCUCUGCUUUUGUAAAUUAAUUUUUUACCAUUGCUACGUGUCCCUCCUGCUGUUUACAAUAAAGGCAGAUGUGUGACAAAA